AUGUCCCAGGAUUCGACAGCAAACGAUAAUAACAAAAGAUCAUUUGAGGAACAUAACAUGGAUAAUGCAUCUGACGACGACAUUGGACCCAUUUUACCUCCAUCGUCUAAUGAAGAGAUUCCUCGAAAGAAAAAAAGAACCCUUGCUCACGAAAAACUUUACCUUGAUCAUUUGCCAUCUGCUGACAUGUACGAGAAGAGUUAUAUGCAUAGAGACGUGCUUUCUCAUGUAGCUGUUACCAAAAAGGAUUUCAUCAUCACCACGUCAGUUGAUGGUCAUUUGAAGUUUUGGAAAAAGACAGCUACUGGCAUUGAGUUUGUGAAGCAUUAUAAAUCGCACUUAUCCAGUAUUGUAGACAUUAGCCUAUCAGCAGAUCAUGAGCUUUUGGCGACAGUUUCAGAUGACAUGUCCAUGAAAGUGUAUGAUAUAACAAACUUUGACAUGAUAAAUAUGAUCAAAUUAAGAUACAAGCCAAAAAGCGUGUGCUGGAUACAUCAAAGAGGACAAGCACAAGCAUUAGUUGCCGUAUCUGAAGCAGACAAUUCAAAUAUACAUAUUUAUGAUGGACGCGCUGAUGGUAAGCCACUACAUACACUAUCAAAGAUGCAUUCAAAGCCUGUCCAUAUCAUCGAGUUUAACUCGAAAUUCAACUGUGUUGUCUCUGUUGAUUCAGUUGGUAUGAUUGAGUAUUGGUCACCAGAGCCUCCAUUUGCAUUACCAGAUAACCUUGACUUUGAAUUAAAAUCUCAAACUGAUCUUUAUGAAUUUCGAAAGAAAAAAUCAGUACCUACCUGCCUCACUUUUUCUCGUGAUGGAUUAAGCUUUGUUACUAUGAGCUUUCCUGAUCGACAAGUUCGCUUAUUCAAGUUUUUACAAGGCAAAAUGUUUCGAGAAUAUGAUGAAAGUCUCCAGGUUAUUAGUGAAAUGCAGCAAGCAGGCACAACCAUUCAUAAAUUAGACGAUAUGGAAUUUGGUAGGCGUUUGGCUGUUGAAAGAGAACUCGAAAAGUCAAGCCAAUCUCGCUUUGUAAAUGCUGUAUUUGACGAAAGUGGAAACUUUGUUAUCUACGGAUCCUUACUGGGUAUAAAGAUUGUUAAUAUCCGUACAAACAAGGUGGUUCGUCUACUAGGUAAAUCUGAAACGAACAGAUUUGUCAAUGUCAGUUUAUAUCAAGGCGCUCCUAAAAAGAAAGGGAUUUAUACUUUGGCAAUGGUGGCUUCAGAGAAUGCAGCACUUAAAGAGAGCCAGGAACUUGAUCCAACAUUAUUCUGUACUGCGUUUAAUAAGAAUCGAUUUUACUUGAUGACAAAGAGAGAACCCUUUGAUGACAUCAAUCAGAAAGGAGAACGAGAUAUAUUUAAUGAGAAACCUUCCCGUGAAGAACAGACAGUCGCAGCUACUCAGGAACGUAAACAAAUACUCGGCACAAGCGCGAUUCUACGUACUACAUCUGGUGAUAUCCAUAUACGUUUAUUCCCUGAUGCUGCACCUAAAGCUGUGGAGAACUUUACUACGCACGCAAAGAAUGGAUACUAUGACAAUCUUAUAUUCCAUCGAGUUAUCAAGGGAUUUAUGAUUCAGACAGGUUGCCCAUUUGGUGAUGGUACAGGUGGAGAGUCCAUUUGGGGUGAUGACUUUGAAGAUGAAUUUUCGAGAGAGUAUAGACAUGAUCGUCCAUAUACAGUUAGUAUGGCUAACGCAGGACCAAACACAAAUGGAAGUCAGUUCUUUAUCACAGUUGCACCAACGACAUGGUUGGACAAUAAACACACUGUAUUUGGCCGAGUUACGGCUGGUAUGGAUGUAGUACAUAGCAUAGAGAGUGAAAAAGUGGACAAGACAAACAAACCCUUAGAAGAUAUCAAAAUCAUAAACAUUGAUAUUCGAUAA